CAUAUAAUAUAUUUUUAAAACACAGAUUUGUCUAUAUCAUUUAGUUAAGUAAUUGAAACUCUAAUUACUCGGGAUUUAACUACUAAUUGAAUUCUGUCCACAUGGAAGUGUCUUCAGAAGUAAACACCCCACUUUCUAGUAGUGUUCUUACUGAUGUGAACAAUGCUAAGUUAUUUGUGGUUGGUGCUGGUGGAAUCGGGUGUGAGCUGCUUAAGAACUUGGUGUUGACUGGGUUUCGGAACAUUGAGGUUAUUGACUUGGAUACUAUAGAUGUUAGCAACCUAAAUCGACAGUUUUUAUUCCAAAAAAAGCAUGUUGGAAAGUCAAAAGCAAUGGUGGCUAAAGAAAGUGUCCUCCGGCUUUGCCCCAAAGCGAAUAUUAAUGCACGCCAUGAUUCGAUUUUCAACCCACAAUACAACAUGCAAUUUUUUAAGCAGUUUGAUCUUGUAUUAAAUGCCCUCGAUAACAGAGCAGCGAGGAAUCAUGUAAACCGGAUGUGUCUAGCGGCAGAUGUUCCAUUGAUUGAAAGUGGUUCUGCGGGUUACCUUGGACAAGUUACAGUGAUUAAAAAAAGUGUAACAGAAUGUUAUGAGUGUCAGCCGGCUCCAAGGCAGAAGAGUUUUCCUGGAUGCACGAUACGGAACACACCAUCGGAGCUGAUCCACUGCAUCGUUUGGGCAAAGUAUCUUUUUAAUCAGCUCUUUGGGGAAGAAGAUGCGGACCAAGAUGUUUCACCGGAUACAGCAGACCCAGAAGCUGCAAAUAAUCCUGGAGAAAAGGGAGAUGGCUCUUCUGAAGAGAAUAAUAGCCAUGAUUUAGAUAAACCAAGAAUCAGUACGAGAGAGUGGGCAAGAGAAUGCGAUUACGAUGCAGAAAAAAUAUUCAAUAAACUUUUCCAUACCGACAUAAACUAUUUAUUGUCUAUGGAUAAACUCUGGCAAAAGAGAACACCUCCAAAGCCUGUACUGUGGGCUGAAUGUCAAGAAAUACAAGAGAGACAGUUGGAUCAUCAAACUGUAAUGACAUUGCAGGAAAAUGCAAGAUUAUUUUCUGAAAGUAUUAAUGCUUUGAAAGAUGAAUUUAAAAAGCAGGGGGAUGGCGGUAUGUUGGUGUGGGACAAAGAUGAAGAUCCUGCCAUGAACUUUACGUCCUCAGUGGCGAACAUAAGGGCUCAUAUAUUCCAUAUUGAAGAAAAAAGUUGUUUUGAAGUCAAAUCUAUGGCAGGCAAUAUUAUUCCUGCUAUAGCUUCAACUAAUGCAAUUGUUGCUGGAUUAAUUGUGCUGCAAGCACUUUGUUUAAUUCGUAAGCGCUUUGCGGACUGUCGUACUGUCUAUGUUUGUGAAGCUGUUAACGACACUAAAAAGCUGCUAAAACCAUGCACAUUAGACCCACCCAAAAGGGGGUGUUAUGUCUGUGCGGAAAAGCCUGAAAUUACUUUGAAGCUAAACACUAAGACACUAACAUGUGAGCAGUUUCGGGAUAAAAUCCUAAAGUCCCACCUUGGGAUGCUUGCUCCGGAUGUAGAGAUCUUGGAUGGGAGAGGAACGAUCCUCAUCUCAAGUGAAGAGGAUGAAGAAGAGAAUCAAUCUCUUGGACAAACUUUAGACUCAUUUAAUAUAACUCAUGGAAGUCGUUUAAGAGCGGAUGAUUUCCUCCAAAAUUACGACAUUGUCGUCAACAUCCUCCAUGAGGAGAAUCUUCCGGAUGACAUGAUCUUCCAAGUCUCUGAGACCAAAGGAACUAUUGGUGCAAGCGCUGAAAAAGAAACAACACCUGAAAACAAUACAGAAGAAAAUUCAGUAGUCCAAGAAGAUAAAAUUGAAAUAAUUGAAGAUGCAGAUCCAUCCGCAUCUCAAGAUGAAAUUCCUCGAAAGAGGAAACGGUCUUCCACCAACGAUAAAGAUUCUGUUCUUAUAGACUCGUCAAAACGUUCAAAACAAUGUGAUGACAGUGUAAUAGUAAAUGAUGAUAAUAAUGUUGUUGUUUUAGAUUAAAUGUACAUAAUGCAUUAUUGUGUUCUUUUGACCCCAUGUCAUGCUAUUCUAGUAUUCUUAUUUGUUUUUGUCUACCCCGAAAAAAUGUUUUAGUUCAAUUAUUAUUGAAUCUAGUUAUUUCUUUAAUAUCUUGGUUCAUUGUAUUAUUCAAAUUUAGUCAAUCGAAAAAAAAUCUGAUAUAAAAGUUACUGCCAGCAAUAAUCUAGGGUGCGAGAUGUAAAUUAAGUUUUUUGAUCUUUUCUGAGAUUAAUUUUCAGUGUCGUAUUUGAUAAGUGAUUUUCAUUCCAG